GCAAUCUUAUAAAGGUAACGUUACAUUCCUCGUUACUGUGUGGCGCUUAAAUUUCAAGUCCUAUUUAUCAUAGCUACAGUGUAAAUUAAGGACAAAACUAGUCUUUAUUAUUAUUUUCAAGGUAUUAGAGACUGCAAAAUAAUUUGACGGAUCGUUUGUCACUUGACAGUUUAUAGUAAUUGUACAUUUGUACUUAUCUUUGUUUGUGCUCAUCUGAUGAACUUAUUAUGAAGUGAUACAGACACGAUAAAAGUCCAGUCUUUCGAUGUUUACCCUCGGUUAUUCAAUACGUUCAUAAUUUGAAGGGAUUGACUAGAAAACCUAGAUUAUAGGAUGUGUAUAACUCAUGCUGUAACUCCCCUCAUCCGUCAUCAAAAUUAAUGACUCAGGUUUGUAGGCCAACCUCCACGAAAUCACAGAGGUUUGGGGGUUAAAUGGUAAACCUUUGCAUCCCUAAAAGAAAUAAAAGAUCCUGGUGGUUUUGAUGGAGUUGUGUUCUCCGAGCUAAAUGGUUUGAUCGUGGAGCUUUCAUCAUCAGCACAAACUUCAAGUAAAAACAAAGUGUUCGAAUUUCUCCACAUACGACUCCCAGUUUGUCCUGUAAAUCUCCAUGUUGAAUGAUUGACCUUCAACCCGUCAUUUUUUACUUCUUUAUUUUUUUAUUUUCCGUCGAUUUGAUUUUCGGUCCUAUAUUUGUUCUUAAGGUUUCUUAUUGGUUGAUAAACUGGAUCGAUUUCGAUGUACUUGUUGAUUGCUAAUUGAUCUGAGUGUCAAGCUUCCAAAAUUUCUCUCCACGAAAAGCUAAUGUUUUUAGGACUGCCUUUAUUCAAGAUCUCAACAUUUUUUUCGUUUGAAUGUGUCCACAUGCUUUGAUACAAGCGAGGACAUGUCAUGGCGUUUGACCGCCAAUUGAUGUUUGUGCAAGAGAAGAUGAAGAGAGGGCCCGAUUUGCGCGAUAUAGUGUUUUUCGCAGUUGAGGCAAUUUAUUUUGUAGGUGAUGUUCGGUUUUUGUUAUUUUAUCAUCUCGUCCUUUGGUAUGCAUUGGAUCGGUGGAAGUGAUUUUUUGGUUUGUGUGCUACACCUAUUCCAAAAGGCUUAAACAAUCUCGUUGUAGUUUCUGAUAUACCUCUUAUAUAUUGUAGGACGACCCAUUUGUUGGUUCCUGUACUUGAUUUUUUUUCCCGCUGAUACGUUUGGUUGGUAUUUCUUGAUGAAGUUGAUUGGGUAGCUGUUCUUUAGAAAGGUAUUUUUCAGAUAUUUCUCUUCAUUUUUCUGCUCUGCAAGUGUGUUCUCGCCCUCUUGAACAAAAUUUGUACGCAGUUGAUUUUGCGAGCUCUUGGGUUGUUGCUACUGUAAUUGAGCAUUUGAUCUGUGUGUAUCGGCUUCCAAUAUAAUUGUGUCUCCAGUUUUCCUGUGUCGGUCUUGUCGACUAAUACAUCCGAGGAUGGUAGUUUGUUGUUUUGCUCCUGUUCCAUUGUGAACGUUGUUGAUCAGAUUGUGUUUUCCAGCUCGUCCUUUUUGACGAUGAAUGUGUCGUCCACUUAAUGAACCCAAAUUUUUGGCUUCUAGUUUCUGCGUCACUGCUUCCGCAAUAAGUCCUAAUAUUGAUGAUCCCAUCAGUGUUCCUUUCGUUUGUUCGUAGAUUUUGUUAUUGAGUUGAAAAUAUGUUGUUAAGCAUAUAUCUACGAGUCCCGGUAAACUUUGAAGCUUCAUGUACUUUGCGAGAUUUGUGUUGUUGGUGAGAAUCAAGGAUAGAAAUUCCUUUGCUAAGCUUGGUUUAAACGAGGUGAAUAAGAUUAUUGCAUAGAAAGAUAUCAUCACUUCGUCGUUGAUUUGAAUAUCCUAAGUCUCAUUCAGUAAUUUUAUGGGAGAUUUGAUGAAAUGAUUAGAUGAAUUCACUAUAUAUCUCAAUAGUCGUGAAAUUUCUCCUUGAAAUCUUAUGUUGGAGUUCCGGGGAAUGUUACAAUUGGACGUAAUUUGAUGUUUGGUUUGUGUAUUUUCGGCCUACCGUAAAAUCGAGGGAGUAUCGGUCUAUUGGAUUUCAUUCUCCAUUGAUCUUGUUUUGAUAUUUUUCCUAUUUUGAUAAGCGUAUCUAAAGUCCUUGAGCUUUCGUUGUCUAACCUUUUGACUGGAUUUGUGUGUCCAUUGGUUUGUAUCCGCUAUUAUCCUCAAGUAGUUUCUCGGUUUUCUUGAUAUUCUCUUUCCCGUCCAUAAUUACUGCAGUGAGUUCUUUGUCCACUAGAACUAUGACAAUAUUUCCUCUAGUCCUGAGUUUCUUCAAAGCUUUUUGUUCUUGUAAAGUCAGCUCGGUGUUGUCUUUCUUCCGUCGAGUUAUCAGUACUAUAGUUUGUCUUAUUUCCUAUUGAGUUUCUUCACUUAUUCCACCAGUUUUGAGUGAUGGCUCUAAUGCGGCGAAUAAUUCUAGUUUUGACGCGUCACUUUCCCAAUUAGGUGUCCUUCUAUCCUAGUGAUAAACGUGCGAGUUAGUCGAAUGAGACCCAAGCAUGUAUAGACUGGGUCUUGUUAAUAUAACAUCGCGAAUAAGUCAUGUUCUGUGACCUAAAGAUGACUUAUUUUCUGUAAAAAAGUUGUAUCGCUGCCUUUAAAAGUACAAAACAAAAUGGUAAAUUGACCAACAAAUCUGUAAAUAUGUGGCAGCUAGCUUAUCAAAGUGAUCUACACUCAAAAUUCUUCCUCACUAUCUUAUUUUUUUACUUUCCUAGUUCGGCAACAUAAUAUACGUAUACAUUUGUAGUUUCUGUUUCUUUCUGAAGUUUUACUUAUAUGAUUAACUUUUUCUCCAGAUAUUUAAAUAUCCACUUUCCCACACUUCAGAAGUUUCGCAGUCGUAGCAGCAGCAACAGUUUCUUACAAUAUAUUGCUAAUUACCGUUAAGUUACUUCGUUUCUCAAGUUUAACAUCCCUCUACUGUCGACGUUUGACAGUGCGACUACCAUCAAUGAAGAAAGAGUAUAUUUUCAUUCCACAAUUUAAUCCUGUUGUUGGGAGAAUGCAGUGGAAAGAUGUGGAUCCAAAUUAUGAAUUUAACCAAGAGAUAGCUCGAUCUGGAUAUGGUGAUAUGCUUCAUGAUUCCGAUCGAAAUCAUAAGUAUCGACUAGCUAUCGAACACACCAUUAAACGUCUUAAACAGCAGUAUCCGCAAAAUCCUGUCCAUGUGCUCGAUAUUGGAACCGGAACUGGUUUACUGAGUAUGAUGGCUGUCAAUGCUGGAGCUGAUUUAGUUACUGCCUGUGAAUCCUUUCUUCCAAUGGCAACGUGCGCACUAAAUAUAUUACGGAACAAUGGGUUUAGUGACAAAAUUAACGUUAUACCGAAACGCUCCACUGAUUUAAUUGUCGGAUUAGAUAUGCCCUGCAAAGCUAACGUGUUGGUUGCGGAAUUGUUUGAUACCGAAUUGAUCGGUGAAGGUGCCUUAGAAACAUACAGACACGCAGCCGAGCACUUACUGACAUCCGAUGCUUCUCUUAUUCCAUGUGCUGCCCAGGUUUAUUUACAGGUUGUUGAAUCUCAAUUUCUUUGGUCUCAUCAUCGUUUAUUUCCAUUUCAAAUUAACAUUGGUGAUACGGCUAUAGAUAUAAAAGAGUUUCAGCAUGCAGAAAUCGAAUCAUGUUCAGGACUUCCAUCAACAUUUGAUAUUCAAGUAUCAGAGAUUCAAUUAGAAGAUAGUCAAUUAGUUUCAUGUGAUAGGCAGUUGCGCUGUCUUUUGAAGAGUCCUCGAUUGGUUAAACGCUUUAACUUUGGACCGCCUGCAGAUCUUAUUAAAUUAAACGAUGCGUUAGAUUUAGAAUGUACUACUUUUGAAUCUGGUACAGCGCAUGCAUUUGUUGUGUGGUGGUCUUUACAAAUGGAGCCUACAAACUCAGUUUCACCGAUCAGUGUUGCACCCACUUGGGUAGGAGAUCCUGAUUCUGCUUGGCGAGAUCAUUGGAUGCAAGCGGUGUAUUUUCCCAAGACUGCUCACUAUUUAAUAAAAAAUGAGUCAUUUAUGAUCAGAUAUCUUCAUGAUUCAUUGUCCAUGCGAUUCGACAUACUUUCUGGUCCUAAUUUUAAUGCUAAACCUGAUACUUCUUCACUUGAUGUCCGAAAUGAAAUGUCCUGCUUAUCAUGCUCAUGUGAUCUUCAUCGUGUAUGGCCCCGAACGCGCAUUUCUGAGUUGAAUUCGUCGGAUUACAAAACAUUUUCCACUAAAAUCAUUAAUUCACUUAUUACGGUAUUACAAAAAAAUUCAACUUCAUUAUAUAAUGUAUUAGUGGUCUCAGAUUGUACAUAUUUACCGUUUUUACUCGGAAAAGUUUUAACAAAACAUGUAGAGAAAUCUCAGCUUAUCCAUUUGGAUACGUCACCAUCAUCGUGUUUGCUUUUAGAUCGUAUUUAUGAAUCGUAUUCAACGUCCCGGUCGAUUAUAGAGAGUUGCCAAUCGAUUGAGGAAGUUUUCUCAAGAAUGACUCCUAACAUUUUCACAAAAACUAACCCGACUGAAUCAACUUUAAUUUUGAUCAGUGAACCGUACAUAAGUUCAUCAAUACUUCCUUGGGAUUCUUUAUACUUUUGGUAUGCCUUUCAGAACUUGCUUUCACAUAACCCAGCUUAUUCAUCUUUGUAUUUAUUUAGCCCUGUUAGACUGCGCAUCUAUGCUAUUCUGGUUGACUUCAAAUAUCUUUGGCGCAUUCGUUCGCCAGUUGGAUUCACUUGUGAAUCUUUUGAUCUACGCCCUUUUGAUGAGUUAGUUUUAGAUGCGUCGGCUAAAAGUGAUGAGUUAAUUGAACCACAUCCUCUCUGGGAAUAUCCUAAUACGGCUAGAUCGAAUGCUUGUGUCAUUUUUGAGAUGGUUCUACCGAACAGCUCCGAUUUGGGUUCAGAUUUCCAGUAUGCUGAUUCUAAAAAGUUAAUUCAUUGCAAACAGAACACCUUAACUGCAUCAUCCUCAUCGGUUAAUGGUAUAGCACUAUGGUGUGAAUGGCUUUAUAAUACCCCUGCCAUACACCAACCCAGCGAAACUUGGUGGUAUGCACCAGCUGGUCCCAACAAAAUUACAACUUUAAAUGAACCUAUUUCUUGGAAAUCUCGUGGAACACAGCAGGGCGUUUUUCUUUUUCCGUCGGAAUGGAAGACUAAAAUUUCAUCGAAUGAUUUACUGCGAAUUUCUGCAUGUAUGGAUUUUAAUAUUUCUACAGGAGUUUUGUCCCCAUCAUUUAAAAUAUUAUGAAGAUUCUUUGCCUUUUUUUCUUACUUUGUUAUAUUUCGCUCUUUGUUUGGUUAAAAUCAGUUUUUAUAAAAAUAAGAAAUCUUCCUUAAAUCUCCCUAUCUCACUCUUAUAAGAUGACCGGAAAUUAAGCUGUAAAUAUUCAAGACCAUGAAUAACUAUCUAGUCAGUGACGUAUUGUUUCUUCCGAUUCACAGUUGACUAUAUUAAAAUUGACGCAGAAUCUUGUUUACUUUAUUUCCGUUCUCCUGCGUCUCAUUGACCCAAUCGGUAAUUUCCUAACC